UUUACCAAUGAUUUAGGAAACUGUUUUUGUUACCGUUUGAUUAUUUUAUGCGAAUGAGUAAUAGGUGUGAAAAUGUCUCCACCCGCCGAGUUGAGUUUCGAUGAAAUACUGAAGUUUAUGUUAGCCCAUAACGGCAAAGUGACAAAUCAUGAGUUAGUUAAACAUUUCAAAGUGUUUUUGAUGAAUCCGGAUAUGAGAGAUGAGGCGCGGAGUACUUUUAAAAAGCAUGUAAAUUCACUUGCAAUAAUCAAAAACCAGAAUAAUGAGAAAUGGUUGAUUUUGAAAAAGAAAUACAUUGUUCCUAGCGAAAAAGACAAUGAUGAACAAACUGAAAUUAAAAACCCUGAAGUUCCUACUGAGAGUGAACCUAGCUUAGAGACUCCAACGCAACCCCCUCAGAGACCACCACCGCCUCUUCAGCUCAAUCAAGAUUUCAACAUACUGAACAGUAUCAUACCAGAUCACACUCCAAUAACAUCACCUGUCACUCCUGUAGAACUAGAACAGAGUGUAAACAAAGAGAGUUUGGAUACUGAGGAUAUACCCCCAAAAGUACACCCUCGGCGGCGGUCUUCAGAAAAAAAUGUCCUAGAAAAGUCUCUUCCGAGUUACAGUCUUAGUCCACGUUCAUCUAUACCCAACAGCACCACUGAGUUGAGUGAGUCUCCUCUCACAACAUCUCGCAGUGAGAGCAUGCUGGUGGAGAAUGAGCAGAAGAUCUCUGUGAAGGAACGCAAGCAGAUGUUCAACAGGAUGGCCUCGGAAAGUGAUGUGUUAAAGUCGCACAAGCUCAGCUUCAACUCCUCGAGUGUUGACGAAGAAGACAGAGCAUCUCUGGAGCACAAGGAGAAUGACCCUUUGGACCCGAAACAGAAGCAAUGGAUACUUUGCGCCGCCCGGGGGGAGUACCACACCCUCGCGAAGAUGUGCAAAGAGAACGCCAAGCUGGUGCGGACUAAGGACCCUUUCACGGGUUAUACGGCGAUGCAUUGGGCGUGCAAGCGUGGCGACGAGAACCUAGUCAAGCUGCUGGCGGGCAUCCAUCGUCACAUUGUCAACGAGCGAUCGAAUGGGGGUUACACGCCACUGCACAUCGCGAUGCAGUUCCGGCACGAGCACGUGUACCGACUGCUGGUGGAAGUUUACGACGCCGAUGCUGACACGCGGGACUGGUCGGGCCGCAAACCUCGCGCGUAUCUGGCACGUCGCGACACGGCGCUUUCUCCGGGCGCCUACCGAAAAAAAGAGGGUUUUCUCCGCAUUGGCUCACUGAACGUCCGCGUCAAGAAGACGACGGAAGCAUUCAGCAACUUCCUCGGAGUCGGUGCGACGCGCACUGCCUCCGGCGCGCCGGGCCGCCGAGCGACCGACGGCGACGCACUGCAUUCCUGGGGGUCGGCAGACGACAUACAGAAGGGUGAAAAGUUAAUGCCUCCUCCGAGCGGGAAAGUGCGCAGACGGGGCGCUAGCGGGCGCUCGGCCACCGCGGCUCACGCACACAGUCGCAGUACACCCUCCACCCCUGAUCAGCCUCGGGCUCAGCUGGGUACACACUCGGCCGACUCUGACUCCGACUCGGCGGCGGGCUUCCACUCGGCGUGGAGGCAGCAGAGGGCGUCACAUAGCUAGCCGCGUGGCAACCGGUCCGGAGCGUCCGUCCUCGCCCGCCUCCCAACUACGCCUUGUUGACGACGGCCUUGAGACCUAUGCGACAAAAGACACACUCUCGUGCACAGACAUAAUCACUUUAUGUGGCCUGUACAUGGGAGAAGCGGUGAUAGCCUAUUGGGUAGGACUUAGGCUUCACUUUCGGCGGAGCCGACCUCGAAUUCAAGAGGCUCUGCCAUGCAAAUAUGAUAUUAUGUAGUUCAUUUAAUGACCUAAUCAUUGUGACAAUUUAACAUCACACUACGACCCUUAGGAGACAAGCAUAAGGCGGGCGGUGUGACGCUGUGCAUAGAAUUUAAGUUUACUAUUGUAUAAAGUUACUUGACUCGAAGAGGUCCAAUUCAAUGAAAUUUAUACUCGAUCACAAGAUUUUUACACAAUUUACAAAGACUAUAAUUUUGCUUGUACCCUGAAAUAACUUCAAGCAAUAACCCUUGGGUGCACUAUUAAAAUUACUUUCUUGGUUGGGUACUACCGAAGUUUAUCAUGUGAUUAUAAAUGUCGUUGGUUACAAGAACCAACGCUUGACAAAGUUAAUUCCUGAAAACCUGGUAGUAUUGAAAAUUGCCGAAGAAAAAGUUGCCUUUAUUAUUUCAAACACUGGUUUUAAAAACCCAGCAUAUCAAAAUCCGCAGUCAAUCACACACCCAAUCUACCUACUAGCGUAAGGAUGAAUUCGUCUACAAAGUUAUAUUAUACAUGAAGGGGUCAUCAACCAUACAUAUUAUUAUAAUUUCAUAUAAUAGUUAUUUAUGCAACUUUUGUAUAAUAGAGGUAUCAAAACCUCUUGGGAUUUCAAGUCUCGGAGAAAGUUUGGGAUUCCAUGAAAAUAAACUUUACUUAUAUUCAUUUUAUUUGAAAAUACAAAGAUAACCAGUGGCACUAUAAUUAAAUGUAUGCAUUAAGAUGUAACUACUUUAUAUUUAAUCACAAAAUGAAACAAUUUACACAAUUAUUAUGAACUUCAAUGUUAUUCAAACGGGUUAUUUACAAUUUUUACAAUAUCA